AUGUCAGAAAGAUCAUUGUCACCCUCUGAUUAUUAUGAAUUAAAGCAUGUCAAAACUAUAACUUAUUAACAUACUUCAAACUUCAAGAAAGGAAGAACCAUACUAUAUUAAAAUACUGAUGAACUAGAGAAUGAUUUAAACAUAUGCAAUCUAAGUUGUGAUUGUUCAGAAUGUGGAUAAUUAAUUGGAUUCUCUUUGAAAAUAUAUAGACAAUUACCUCUAAAAGAAACAAGGUAUUGAAUGAUAUAUGUAUUCAGAAAUCAAAAGAAAAAAAGAAUCUUGAGAAAAUUUAAGGCUGUGGGAAAUGCAAUCAUUUUUAUUUUGAUAUAUAAAAUGGAAGCAAUUAAAAGACUAAAAAAGAAAAUGCAUCUUCUUAGAGCAGUUAGAAAUUUAACUGUACGAAGACCUGCACUUCCAUAAUCAAUACAAUUAUUACCAGUUUAAUAAUCAAUUAAAUUACCUUAAAGGUGAUUACAAUCAAUUAUAAAUUAAUAGUCAUGAUGAAGAAAUAGAAGAAACAGUGUCUAUUCAUCCUUUCUAACCAAUCUAAAAGGGACCAAGAUAAAGCAAAAUUUCUAUUUAUAUGGAAAAGAUGUUAAAAGAUGUAUUACCAAAAAAAGAAAUAGUAUUAAAACCUUUAAAUAUUGUAAAUAAUGCUCUCAGUAAAGGUAACAAAUAUAAACACAUAAAAUGUAAUUCUUAAUCAUCUUUAACUCAUUUUAAUUAUUAAUCCCAAAUCAAACCUUUUUAUGAAUUUAAUAGAACACAAGCAACUAAUUUUUAUUAAAGUAACAAUAAAGAUAUUUUGAAAUUGAUAGAUAUUAUGAAGAUAAAACACAGAGUCAUUAGAGUAAAAAAAUGA